AUGAAGAUUAAGCAAGAUAAUGCUAUACUAGAAUCAUCGCAACUGUUGGAAUUAAAGACAUCGAUCGCUCGACUCAGUGAAUCUUUGAUUAAUGGAACAUGUAUUGUUAUUACUCAGGAUGAUAUACAGGCAGCCCGAACUAUAGAUAACAUAAUUGAAGACUCUAUAAUACAAGGUGAUGAGUACUUAUGCAGAAUCGCUAGAAAACAGUUGAAGAAGCUUGUUGAGAAAUGGAUAAAGGCAAAUUUUACCAAGUCAAAGUUGAGAAAGAAUUCAAUAAAUGUGUUUGAUCGUUACAAUGGUGUUUGUGAUCUUCUGUACUCAACCAUCAGGAAGCUCAAACCAUGGAAACAUUUGAAUAUGUUUUUACUCCCAUACUAUUUAAUGUACAGCCUGGCUGCAGUUCCAAUGGCUCACUUAAUCAUAUGCAAAUCAAUAUUUAAGAACUGCUUUGAGACUGAAACAUUAACUGUGAAGGGUGUGUUUGUCAUAAAAAACAUACUACAAUAUUGCGAUGUUACCGAUUCUGAUCGGAAUACUAUCAUUGAACUUGGUAUAUUACGUCUCGAGGAUAUAUUAGAAUCAGAAGGUGAAGAUCAGGACUAUUUUACCGAGUAUGAGUCGACUAUGCAACUAGGCCGUUUAAUGAGUGAAAAUGUCUAUAAAUACUAUUUCAAGAAGGGUAAUGCUCUUAUGGUGGAAAACUUUCAAAAGAUUCUUGACAAGUCUAAGUUUGAGCAUAUCAAAUUGCAAGUGUUAGAAACUUUGUACAAUGAUUCUUCUAAGAAAGACUUCAUUUUGGAUACAUUAGCAAAGUAUAUAUGCUCUGAUCCAUUAGCAGAAAACAUAUCAGUCGUGCUAAAAAGAUACAUUACGAUGUCCGCUAAUUAUUACCGUAUUGAUUCCCACAACCUAAUGAGUGCACUGAAAGAUAAAAUAAAAAAAGAAAUACUCAAAACCUAUAAAAAUAGAGACUAUGAAUUCUAUGAUGCUGUUCAAAAAUUCUGUGAGAAGAUGAUCAAAAUGAAGAAUGAAAGCAAUAUCAAUUUAGCGCCAUCAUCAAGAGCCCAACGUAACUUCUUUGCUAGUGAAAAUGAUAUGCUUUACUGGAAGAAUUUGUUUCACAGAAUUGCCGAACUUCUAUCUGAUCCCAAGAUAUUCACAGAACGUAUAUUAAUGCCAAAGCUAGUACGACAGAUUGCCUUUGACACAUUAGUUGACAGAAUGCCGUUUUCUAAGAAAUAUCCGGCAGAAAACCUAUUUCUAGAAGUCAUAUGUGAAAUAGAACCACAUUGCAGACAUUUCACAAAUCUAAUAUCAAGAGCAGUAGAUAAUGCUAAUAUCUUUAACCAUUGCACGGAAACGAUGCUAUUUCUACCAUUGGUAUUUCCAGAAUCUUCAAGAGAAUCCCUCAGCAUAUCAAAUAUGAGGAAUGAUGUACCGUGUUGGCCAAGUAUGGAAUUGGCAAACUUCUGGCAAGAAAAAGUAGUGCAAAAACAGAAUGAAGGAAAGACACUAAAACCUUGUUUUUCUAUGCAUACAUUUUUGAUUGAAACUCCCAUCAGUAUGCAUGACGGUAGAAAAUUAAAUCUAGUAUGCAAUAUGUAUGUGGCAAGUAUUAUCUGUUUGUUCAAUGAUACUAGUGAAUUAUCCGUUAACGAAAUUGUUGAUACACUGAAGACCUGGAAUUAUGAUCUCGAUAUUAACCGAUUGACUUUGACAUUAAAGAGAAUGGUUCAGCAACAGAUUUUGAUUGUGCUACCCAAUAAGAAAUUCUCAAUCAACUAUAAACCGUUAUUAUCUAAAAGACAACAAAAACUUGGCUACAUUAAAAUCAAUUGA